CGGCCCUCCCGGCCUUUGACAUCACGGCCCGGGGGCGGGCCCGGGGAGGGCGGGGGCCGUGGGGGAGGAGGCUCUGCGCCGCCGCCGGGGGGAGCGCGCCGUCCCAGCCCAGAGCUUCAAAACAGCCCGGUGGCCUCGCCUCGCGCCCCUGCCCGUCCUCGCUUCAAAGUCGUCGCCGCUGCCGCCAGCGCCCGGUGAGUUGGGGACGCGCCUGGGAACUGCGCGCGGAGUGCCGUCGGGGGGCUCCGGAACAGCCAGAGGAACCACCGAGGGAGGCAGGAGCGCGACCCCCACUCUUCUCACACCGAAGGGAGUCCGGGCAGCAGCAGCACACCCCUCCCUGGGCUUUGUCGGUGACUCUCCGGCCCCCUGUGCCCCACGAACAUGCUGGUGCUCCUCAUCUUCAUCAUCUUCUUCCACAUCGUUUCUGCAGCCUUGCUCUUCAUCGCCACCAUCGACAAUGCCUGGUGGGUAGGAGAGGAGUUUUUUGCAGAUGUCUGGAGAAUUUGCAUCAACAACACAAACUGUACGGAAAUCGGGGACUCCUUUGAAGAGUUCUCCACGCUGCGGGCAGUGCAGGCCACCAUGAUCCUGUCUACCAUCCUCUGCUGCAUCUCCUUCCUCGUCUUCCUGCUGCAGCUCUUCCGCCUCAAGCAGGGCGAGAGAUUCGUCUUGACCUCCAUCAUCCAGCUCAUGUCAUGUCUGUGCGUCAUGAUCGCGGCGUCCAUCUACACGGACCGGCGUCAAGACGUGCACAACAGUAACCUGAACUACUACAGCCCGACCUUGGACGGCAGCUACGGCUACGCCUACAUCCUGGCCUGGGUGGCCUUCGCCUUCACCUUCCUCAGUGGCCUCAUGUACCUGAUCCUGAGGAAGCGCAAGUGAAAGGGGCUCUUCCCGCCGUGGCCGCCCGUCUGCACGCGGGUCACCGCUGUGUAUAUAAUCAUUUUAUUUUUUUGUUUUGUUUUGUGGUUUUUCUAGCAAAUGUAUUGUCUCCUUUAAAAGUCAAAACCAAACCAAAAAAAAAAAAAUUUUUGCAUUCUUGAGGAUCAAAAAAUUACAGACUGAAAGUUGACUGUCGGAACGCCCAUCUGCCUGAAAUUGUCUGCACCGCCCAAUGGAAAAGCGAAACAAAG